AUGAGCAAUAUACUCAGUGCCAUCGACUCCAAAGUCUACAAGCUUCAGAGGAUCGACUCCGUCCUGUCGUCUUACAACAUUCGCACUAUCAGUUUUUAUGCCAAUGCCGGGCUUACCGACGACUUUAUGCCAUCCCAGACACUUGAAGAGGCCUUUUACCAAACGGUUGUGGAGUUCCCGUUGCUGACCGGGCACCUUAACCAAGUGAGUGGUGGGUGGAUAGAAGCUGUCGUAGACAAGACGUGCUUGAAUGUUCCCGACUACCGUGAAUCCCAGUCGGACAUUCACUUCCGUGAUAUCAAAUCAGCAAAGUACAACCCGGCGACAUGGCCCGACAACUUGAUUCCUUUUGGAGCGUUUGCUUGUCCGGGCGCGGCCACUGGCACAAUAAAGUUGGUUAGUGCCCACGUUGUCCGACUCAAGGAUAACAGUGGAGUCAUUAUCUCCCUGAACAUUAACCACGGCAUAGUAGAUGGAUAUAGCUUUCUUCUGUUCUUCAACCGCUGGGCUGAUCAAACGCGGGCACUGGUGUCCCACCGUCAGGCUGAGCCCCUCAGUAUAUGUCUUGACAGAUCAGCGAUUCUUCAGUAUCUGCCUAGCGAGCGUGAGCCACUUUCAGACUGGCUUGUCUGGCUCAGCCCCAGCACGCGAGGCAGGCUCUUGAGUUACUUGGGAAGCAUGGCUCCAACAUGCGGCCACUUGUUCCGCAUUUCGCGCGAGCAGCUCAGCAGACUCCGCAACCAGGUACUGGAGUGCAUGCCAGCUGGUGCACGCCUAACUACUAACGAUGUUUUAACUGCACUUGUGUACAAAGUCCACGGCCAGGCGAAAUUUGGUGUGGCAGCAACCACUCGAAGGUGGUCUGCAUGGGGCUCAAAGGGUGACGUGGAAGCUAACAGCGAGCAUGCAUUGGUAAUCGCCUGUGACCUCCGCGGCCGGCUUGGUAUGGAGGGUAUAAACUUUAUUGGCAACGCGCAGCUGUCAGGGGUUAUUCUGAACCCGAUGAAACAUGGCAAAGAUACUAUCACGCCUCAGAUCCUUGCAGACAUAGCUGCUCAGAUCCAUAGCGUCGUAUCUAAUCUGUCAUCUCCAUAUAUUGGCUCGUAUGUUGACUUUCUUGAGUCAGAGUCAUUCAAUACUGGAGCGCUCAUUGCAGCCAAAAUGAAGUACGGUCUCUACACAUUGACAACGAAUAUGAUGCACAGAAAGUUGUAUGGUGCUGAUUUUGGCAACGGCGUUCAGGCGUUCUCUACAGUGGCUCCCAACUACCCAGGGGCAAAUGCUAUCUUUUUAGCGUCUCCGCCGCCUAGCACAGACAUCCUAAUCAACUUUACAGCGGCCGCAAAAGAAAUGGACCAUAUUCUCAAAAACGCAUUUUGGAGAGACAUUACAACUCUGGUCUACUGA